AUGGCGGUGGUAGUGGUGCAAGUAGGACAGUGCGGCAACCAGCUGGGCGAUGAACUCUGGCGGCAGCUGAAACUGACGACAAACUCGGGUGCGUUGCCUUCGCCCUUUUUUACGCGUGAUCGCAGGGCGCGCUGCGUGCUUGUAGACUCCGAGCCCAAAGUAGUCACAGCGGUGUAUGAGCGUCAAAAAGACGUUUUGCGUGCAGAGAAUGUCAUCCACGGUCAGUCCGGACGCGGCAAUCAUUGGGCGCUUGGAUAUUACGGCGUGGACGAUCCACUGAGCCACCGGGCUGCGGAAAAUGCCGUUGUGGCACGGCCGUUUCAGGUGGUGAAGGACCAGCGGCGUUGUGACAGUCAUGUUGUCCGGAAUGCCCUUCGCGCAAUUCAUGCCGAAACGCGUCGGACAGAUGAUGCGAUGGAGUUUGAGGCUAUUAUCGUACUGCAUAGUCUUGUGGGCGGAACAGGCAGCGGCAUGGCCACUCGACUGCUGGAAAAAAUCCGUUACUACUUUAUCGAGCCUGUGGACAGUUCCCUGACGGUGGAUGAGUGCGAGGAGGCAGAAAUGAUGCGGCACGACGGGCUAGAUGGAAUGAUGAUGGAGAAGCGGCGUGCAUCUUACCUUGUCAGUAUCACUGUGGCACCCCAGGCCGUUGGUGAACUCUCCACGCAGGGCCUGAACGCCGCACUCACGCUACAUGCCUUACAAGAGAAUGCGAAUGCUGUUCUAUUGUUACGCAAUGACGAUUGUAUUCGUGUACAGGAGGAUUCUUGCGCCGGAGGAAGGCCUCGUGGUCGAGGCAACACGUCGUUUUCCACCCCUUCCUUCUCUUCUAUCCCGUCGUGUGCAACCUUCAAGGAGAUUAACGAGGUUUUUUUGACGAUGUUGCUCCCGAUCCUGCUAUACGGCCGAAGUACAAAUGCCGUGGGGGAACUUGUACUGAAGUGCUCCCCCAAUCCUCGGGAAAUCAACAACAUUUUGACCAUUUUGCCCACUCCACAGAGGCACUACUUGCGUUUUAAAGAGUCUGCGACAGUUUCACGCCUUUACGUCCUUCGCGGGGCCAAGCAAAGCAUGCCUGGGGUAUACCCUAGUGUCCCGAUAGAACUGAUACACACCGCGCGUUCCCUGCGGAACCCCAAUUUGGUGACUUCUAGAGAAGAGGUGCAAGUGCCGAAGGAAUUACUGAAGGGCCUGAAAGAGACCGCGGCAACUCGGCGCUCCGUCUCGGUGGCUCUCCUUCAGCAGAUGGAAGGGGUUCUUGUGUUAAAUGAAGCACGUGAACUGAAUGCGGCAGUUUUGUUUCGCUUAUUGCGGUCAGCUGCAAUGAAAGUCAAGGCGGGAGCUUUUUUGUCAACAUUUGAGGACAUGGGAAUGACGGCGGAGUGCAUACAGGCAGCAAUACGGGAGGUUGCUACAAGACUCUCUGCAGCGGAGGAGAUUUGA